AUGCGGGUGAUUACUUCCAGUUAUCUAUACUACCUCCGCCAGGCAAUCGACGUCAGCCAGACACGAUGGAACGGUCUCCAAGUCGCGCUGCAAGGCACCUUCUGGCCCGGAAUAAUACCUGAUGACAUGGAGGCUCAUGACUUCCUCAACGGGAUCAUGACAGCCGUCGGCAUCAUUGCGGGCAUCCUCGGUGGGCCAGCUAUUGUCACCCUAAAAGAGUCGAUAAACGGCGUGGCGCGUGGUGUCGACACGAGAGUCAAGGACUCGGAUGAGAGCUUGGCGAAUCUGGCCAAGAUGGAGGCAGCUGCCGCAGAUUUUUAUCAAGGCGCUAUCAACGAGACCGUGACCCUGAACAACAGGCUGAUGUUUCAAGGAUCAUACAACGGUCAAAGCAUUGUUGACGUUUUGGCGGGUGGUGCUUGGCUCGAUUAUCACAAAAUUCCUGUUCUCAACCAGGACACGAGCUUGCCCCAGAUAUCGGAGACUCAGGCCAGCGAUUAUUUCUACAAGAUGCUUCUGUGCUUCUCCAUCAAUUAUGCAUGGAAGCAGCAGAACGUCUAUCUGAUUUCAUAUCCGAUGACAGAGGAUGAGUUCGACAACCUCUCGGUCAUAUCCGGCGACAACGACGCCCGUCUCAAGCACUACUACGGCGGACGAGGCUUCUUUUUUCAGUCCCUCAUCAUGAAGUCCGAGCUUCUGAACGCACCCUAUCCAAACACCCAAAACCCUCCCGGGUGGAAAGAAAUUGAAAAUUACGGCUUCUCCACCUGGGACAUCAUCCAAUCCUCCGCCGACGCCUUCACCCGAGGCGGCUUCGACUACCAGUUCGACAACGACCUGGAGUCCUACCUCAACACGCAGGAUUGGAACACUCUACUGUCACCCCCUUCCCAACUCCCUGGUGUUUUCACAAUCCCCCACUGCCAGGUCAUGCCGAAUGACGACGUGAAGAAUAUUCACGCUUUCGCAGAUUGGUUGGAUGGGCCUAAGACGGAUCUACGCCGUGAUAAGAAGUCAAGCUUCUGCUUGUGCCAGGAUAUCCAGGACAAGAACGGCAAGAAAUUCUCUGACUAUGUGGUCAGUGCGCAGGAUAUUAUUUCCGCACAUUGUUUGGACUAUGAUAUUCUGGGUGUUAAGAAUCAGUUUUAA